ACACUUAUUCUCACAGUCUUACAGCAUUACUCAGGCGUCUCGUGCUCAGGCUGCUCAGGCUGCUGUUCAGUCAGGAUCCUCUAGCGUGUAGCAGAGCCAACAAUAUGUUGCCAUAUUGAAGAUUUUGUUCCCAAGUUAUUUACUGCAGGUGAUGAAGAGUUUUCAAUGCUGUUAUUUCAACUCAGGAGCUGCAGGAAUGUUGACAACAUGAGAGACCAUUUAACCCAGAUCUUCCAGGGUCAUAAUGAAUGACUGACUCUUUGGCCCAGUGUGUCUUGUGCUGUGUGGAUGUAUGGAUUUAUUGGCUUCAGCAGAUGAUUUGGAAGCAUAUCCUUACACUAUUUGGAGGUGUUUAUUUUUGUACGGACCACCGGAGUGCUUUACUAACAAGGGAACUCUAUUUUUUUCACUCCAGCCCAUUUGAAUACUACAGCUAUAGUGACAACAGCAGUGGAGAGUCAUAACCACCCCAGCUGCUCCACAGAGCACAGCCUGUCAUGGAGAUAACCUCUGCUUUAUUUUAGGUAAUGUAAACUGAAGAAAUCAACCCUGGUUUAAGGGUUCUGCCUGGGCAGGAUAUACACACAGCAGUAGCGCAAGCUGAAAGUUAGUGAGAACCUGUAAUGUGCUGCGUACAUUCUCAUCAAAGCUGCCCAUGCGGGUGAGUGUGUUUCAGACUCUAAAUUGAGUGAAGUGUGGAACCAUGAGGCUGCUGUGCUGGUUAUGGUUAGAGGGAGUCAGACACUCUGUAGCAGCAUUGCUGCUGCUCCUGCUCUGCUGUACUUCUGUUUCUAUCCAUCUCAGAUCCUUUCAACCCCACAAGUCAAACAUACACAUGCACAACCAGGAAAACAUCACACUGGCUGUUAUUCUGCCUAUGACCAAUACCGUAUAUCCAUGGGCCUGGCCACGUGUCGGACCUGCCCUACUGCGUGCAAUAACACUCAUCAAUGCUGACUCUUCGCUCCUGCCUGGGUACAAACUGCGCCAUGUUUUUAAUAACAGUGAGAAUGCUCAGGGUAUUUGCUCUGAGUCUGUUGCUCCACUAAUGGCUGUCGAUCUGAAGUUCACUUAUGAACCAUGGGCUUUCAUAGGCCCAGGCUGUGACUACACAGCCUCUCCUGUGGGCCUGUUCACCACACACUGGGGUCUACCCAUGAUCACGGCAGGGGCACCAGCAAUAGGUUUCUUCAUCCGUGCCGGGGUCUACACCUCCAUUACUAACACAGGCCCUACUCACAAAAAGCUGGGUGAGUUUGGCCUUCAUGUGUGUAGACACUUUGGCUGGGAACAACAUGCCUUGUUGAUGUUUGAAGACAGCAAAAUGAGUGAACGUGAGUGCUAUUUUGCCAUUGAGGGGCUUUACAUGGAGUUGCAUAAUGCCAACAUCACCACAGAGGACCUUGUGUUUGAGGAAGAGACCAGGCCAGUCAACUACUCUGACCAUCUGCAUAGGAUAAAAGAAGAAGGGAGAGUGGUGUUUGUAUGCUGUAAUCCGGAUAUCUUUCGGCAACUAAUGGUGAACUUUCGUAAGGCAAAUCUUCCUCAAGAGGAAUUUGUCUUCAUCUACAUUGAUGUUUUUGGAAGAACUGUGUCAUCACAACCUGCCCGGCCUUGGGCCAGAGGAGAUGCUGAUGAUGAUAUUGCAAAAGAAGCAUACCAAAGCGUGAAAAUCCUGACCUACCGAGAGCCACAAAAUCCGGAGUAUAAAGAGUUUGUCACUGAUCUAAAAGCAAAUGCAAAGAAGAUGUUCAACUUCACAGUAGAGGACUCCCUGAUGAACAUAAUACCUGGAGGCUUCUAUGAUGGCCUAAUGCUGUAUGCUCAUGCACUGAAUGAGACUUUAGCAGAAAGUCAGGGCCAACUGUCAAGAGAAAGUGUCACCAAGAAGAUGUGGAACCGAACAUACUAUGGUGUGACAGGACUGGUGCAGAUAGAUGAUAAAGGUGACAGAGAGACUGACUUUGCUUUAUGGGACAUGACUGAUACCACCUCCAGCAUCUUUGAGAUUGUGGCUGUGUAUAAUGGUACAAAGAAACAGAUGGAGACGCUGCCUGGCAUGGCCUUCCACUGGCCAGGAGGCAGUGUUCCCCCUGACAUGCCUUUCUGUGGUUUCAAGAAUGAUAACGCUGUCUGCAUUGCACGGACCAUCACAAUGCACCAGAUGGUGUCAAUUGUUGUGUUCUUCAUCCUUGUCAUCAUCUUUACUGUCACCGUGUUUAUAUAUAGGAAGCUGAAACUGGAGAAGGAGCUGGCUGCUCAGCUCUGGCGCAUCUUUUGGGAGGAUUUGCACAUGAGUAAUCUGGAGAAGGUGCUGCACAGUGCAGGCAGCAAACUGACCCUCUCUCUGCGAGGCUCAAACUAUGGCUCUCUGCCGACUGCUGACGGCCACUUCCAGGUGUUUGCUAAGACUGCCUAUUUUAAGGGAAACAUUGUGGCUAUCAAAUUUGUCAACCGAAAACGCAUCGAACUCACCAGGAAGGUGCUAUUUGAACUGAAGCAUAUGCGGGAUGUGCAGAAUGAUCAUAUAACUCGUUUUAUUGGAGCAUGCAUUGAUCCUCCCAACAUCUGCAUAGUUACAGAGUACUGUUUGCGAGGCAGUCUGCAGGACAUUCUGGAGAAUGAGAGCAUUACACUCGACUGGAUGUUUAAAUACUCUCUGAUCAAUGACAUUGUCAAGGGAAUGGCCUUUCUUCAUAACAGUGUGAUUGUAUCUCACGGUAAUUUAAAGUCUUCCAACUGUGUGGUGGAUAACCGUUUUGUGCUGAAAAUCACUGAUUAUGGACUAUCAAGCUUCAGGACUGAAUCCAACAACGAGGAUGCUCACUGCUACUAUGCACGGAAGUUGUGGAUGGCUCCGGAGCUGUUGAGGAUAGGCAGCCCUCCUGCAAGUGGCACACAGAAAGGAGACAUCUACAGUUUUGGCAUCAUCCUGCAAGAGGUGGCACUGCGCAGAGGCAUCUUCUACAUAGAGGAAGAGACACUCAGCCCUAAAGAGAUAGUGGAUCGUCUGGCUCUGGGUGAGUGGCCAUACCUGAGGCCGACUGUUAACACACAGGUGCACAGUGAGGAGCUGGGGCUCCUGAUGCAGCGCUGCUGGGCAGAGGAGCCUGCAGAGAGGCCAGAGUUCAGCCACAUUAAAGUACUUCUGCACAAACAAAACAGGGAGCACAGUAGAGAUAUCCUGGAUAAUCUCCUGUCUCGGAUGGAGCAGUACGCUAAUAAUCUAGAGGAGCUGGUGGAGGAGAGGACACAGGCUUACCUGGAAGAGAAGCGCAAGGCAGAAGCCCUCCUCUACCAGAUACUGCCACACUCAGUAGCAGAGCAGCUGAAGAGGGGGGAGACUGUGCAGGCUGAGGCUUUUGACUCAGUCACCAUCUACUUCAGUGAUAUUGUGGGUUUUACUGCCCUGUCUGCUGAAAGCACACCACUGCAGGUGGUGACUCUCUUAAAUGAUCUCUACACUUGUUUUGACGCUAUUAUAGACAACUUUGAUGUUUACAAGGUGGAGACGAUUGGUGAUGCCUAUAUGGUUGUCUCUGGUCUGCCAGUGCGUAAUGGGAAAAUGCAUGCAUGUGAGAUUGCUCGCAUGUCCCUUGCUCUGCUUGAAGCUGUCAAAACAUUUAAGAUUCAUCAUCGACCGGACCAGCAGCUCAAACUGCGCAUUGGUAUCCACAGUGGCCCUGUUUGUGCUGGAGUAGUAGGGUUAAAGAUGCCUCGAUAUUGUUUAUUUGGAGACACAGUGAACACAUCAUCCCGCAUGGAGUCCAACGGCGAGCCCCUGAAGAUCCACGUCUCAUCAGCCACACAUGAUGUACUGCAGGAAUUUAACUGCUUCCAGCUGGAGUUGAGAGGAGAUGUUGAAAUGAAGGGCAAAGGCAAGAUGAGAACCUACUGGCUGCUGGGAGAGACAAAGAGCAGUGAAUGAAUAGAGUCAGGUGCUAAGCAGGACCCAGACAGUGCACCUAAAUCCUUACUGUCAGGACCUCCACCCUACUUUUGCACAGUCCUUCACCUGUAUUUCAGUAUACAGCAUUGUUGGAGAUGAACUCUUUUCUACUGAUAGAGAAACCUUUAGAUAUUUUGUACACUGUGAUCACCACUUAUAUUUUGUGUUUAUAGAUAUAAUGCCAUAAUGAUCCUGAGUGGACAUGUAAUCCCAUUAAAUACAUCCACUUUCAUCCUGUAUCUAAACUUUAAAUGACAGCUGCCAUCUGAGUUUAUUGAUUUUACUGUGACUUGCAGAAUAGAAAGUGUCUUCAGUUUUGUUGGGAUUUUAUCAUUUAAUUUUGUAUUGUGAAAAUAAUCAUCAGUUAUACUACUAUGUAAUUUAUAUCACAUUAAUAAGUAUUUUCUUCAGCCGGUUAUUUUCUGUGACAGAGAAUACCUAGUACUGCAUUUAUCUAUUUAUUGCAUCUAUAUCAUUUGACAAUGCCUAGUCACACAGUGAGCAGAAAGUACAUUUGUUUUUUUUAUUUCAUUUGAGAUGCACACUGUUAAUCACAGCUCUAUGCUUUGGGAAAGAGGGUUAGUAAAUGUUUAGAUAUAUUUACAUCUGAAAUACCUGAAACACUCACAAUGUUUUACAAAGCGUCAUUAUUUUAUAAAAGAGAAAUGUAACGCUGAGCGAUAUAUGUUUUAAAUAUUGAUGUUUCAGAGAAGAAUCUGUAGAUAAUAAAAAAGAAAUCAAAAUGAAAGUGGUACUGCUUCCAUAAGGAAUUCAACACGCUCAGAUUAUAAUACCAGACUAUCAGUUGACUGCAUUAACAAGAUUUCAGUGAGUUCAAUGACGUUUGUGGGGUUUGUUCCAAUUAGUGAUCUACCAAGAUACUCCAUGUAUUUUAGUAAUGUUCACGAUUUGGUGUUUUAUAAUCAAGUUAUAACUACAUAUAAGUUAUUGAACACUAAAUAAAACUGUCAUAAUUAUACACUAUUUUUAUGUUAUUAUUAGCUACAUGCUAGUGCAUUUGAUUUCAUGCAAGUGCCUUUAAAUUAUAUGUAUCCACUAAUCAUUAAAAUGUUGUG